AUGUCCACGGGGCCGCCCGUUUGGUCGGCUCAGGACGAACACGAGCCACAACCACCAGCUGAAACCCAAACCCGUGCCCGACGGUCGCGCCGAAAGAAGGACGACGUUGCUGAACCCGAUCGCAAAGAAAACCCAAAGUCGGCCAGAUCUAAGGACAAGGACAAGGAUAAAGAUAAAGAGAAGGAAAAGGGAAAGGAGAAGGAGCAAGACAAAGAGAAGGAAUCAAAGCGGCCGGCUCGUCGCCCGCGGGACAAGUCCUCGACUAUAUCCAACAACCCUACUGCCGCCCAGUCAAAUCCCCGCAAGAAGCCCAGGUUAGAAGGCACGCCGCCGAAGCAAAGCCCCGACCCGGCCCCUGCCGUUUCUGCUGCAGCCUCGAUAGCUCCAGUUUCGACCCCGGUUCCUGCGCCCGUAACCACUGCGCCGGUUAUUACUCCGCAGCCCAGUCCUCCAAUUGCAGCCGCACCGCUGUUAACAAAUCACUCUCAGCCUCCACCUCAAUCCCAGAUGCCGCAGUCUCGCCAUCUUGACCUGACGUCUCAGCUGAUUCACCCUACCCAGCCCACUCCUUCUCAAGCACCAGCGCCUACAACAUCACCGCCAUACCCGACGAUGGUCUCCGCGCCACCUUCUCGUCCCCAAUCCCAACCAUUGGCUCCUCCCCCACAGCGAAGCAGCGGACAAAACUAUGAUCCAAUUCGCUCUGCAUUUGGCACGAGUUCGCCGGCCACCGUGCCCCCUCCAGCUCCGGCUUCUGCUUCUUUCAGCCCUCCAGCACGUCCGGUUUCACCGCGGCCUUUUCGCGCCAGUGCUUCACCGGCAAUUUCUAGCAUCAUCGAUCCACCUCAAAGCACUUCACCACUUCAGUAUGCUCCACGUCCUUACGGUUCACCUAAUCGCGCCGUGUCCAGUUACCCGCCAACUCCAGUCGCUCCCUCAGUUGCUCAAACUCACGCGCCUUCGUCGUCAUCUCUGUAUGGACAUCAGUCUCCGUAUGGACCUCCUCCACAAACGCUAGCAUCUCAAGAAAGCCAGCCCCACACCCGAAUCUUUUCGUCGCAACCUUCGGUGCCUCCAACUGUGCCCGAACCCAGCGCGCCUGCACCACAACCUCAGCAAACAUCAUUGGGACCAGCGGCAAUGGAGGUGGAUAACGAGCGUCCCGCCCCUGCAGCCGUUGAAAAGGCCUCUACGAAGGAAUCCAAGACCCCAACGGCGCCCUUAUCAAAACCGCCCUCUCCGAAACCUUCACGGCCCGCGAAAGAGGCCCCUCCUCCAUUACCGCAGGGCUCCGGCCUCAUUUCUAAUGCUCUAUUUGGAGUGGAUGAUAAUACCUCCGAUAAACCCGAUCGAUCAACGCCCAACAUCGUCGUACAUAUUCCUCUCAGAGGAAUUCCUAACCAGAUUGUGAACUUUGCCCGAUUGGCGGAGGAGCAAUAUGGAUUUAACGCCCUUCAUCCACGACUAGCCGCCCACAAAGAACGGAUGGCCCGCGUGGCCGCUGCAGGCGCUGCUUUAGAGCGAAAUGACCGGUUGGGGCGAGGAAUUUCAGCCGGGGAAAGUGCCGACGAGGAUUUGAGCUUCGAUGCUGAGCGCGACAGCGAAAUGGACGGCGAUGGCGCAAUGAGUGCUGCGACUGCGAAAGCAAAUGAUCCUGCAGAGGGAACGAAGAAGCGCCGCAGAAGGAAAAUAGAAGAGUAUGAUCGUGAGGACCCUUUCGUGGAUGAUAGCGAAAUGGUCUGGCAGGAGCAGGCUGCUGCAAGUAAGGACGGAUUCUUUGUGUACAGUGGUCCCCUAGUACCUGAAGGAGAUAAGAUUCAGGUUGAGAGGGCGGAUGGCACGAUCAAACGAGGGCGAGGACGAGGGCGCGGUGGUCGAAGUCGGGCUCCAGCAACAACGCAUCAACAGUUGCCUCUAGCGGCUGCAAUCCCCAUUUCUCAAGAAACUGGCCUUCCCAUACGCGGUCCUGGGUCCCGGGGUGGUAAUAUCAACCGCCGGCCUCGCCAGAGCAGAAAAGCGGAUCAGGACAAAGCAGGCGGUACUCCAUCCCAAGGACGAGGCGGAGGCGCUUCGGGCCGUGGCGGUUCAAACAGCACUCGAGGAGGCAAAGCGCCGAUGGUGGAAUUGGCACCUCGGCCAAAUAUUGCACCUGCUCCGCCAGGACUUCCUUCAACGGCAGGACCGGAGAUCGUCAUGAAAUAG